AAUCCUAUCCAUCAUCAAAAUAUUAUCCUUUCUUACAGUUGUAAACUUUUUUAGUUUUUACAAUCCUCUUCUAUAGCCAAUAUCAUUUAACUUCUUCCUUAUUUGACUCAACCAUUAUACUUUUUAUAGUUCUUUUCCUUUUUUCUCUCUUCAUAAUCCAAGAGUGGAAUUAAAUUUCAUCCAGUGGGCCAUUUAAAAAUCUUUUUUUUUAUCAAGUAUAAAAGUGAUCAAGGAUUGAGAUUCAGUUAUUGACAUAGGAGUUGGAGAUUUAGAGGCUAAUAAUGGAGAUAGGUUUGGCUGAUAAAGUUAGAGAAAGAGUUGGUUAUGUGAGAAGGAUCAUUGCAAAGGAAAGGAACAAACCUUAUCGUAGAGUUAAGAGACAGGUUCCAAAGUCACUUCAGCAGCUAUUUCAUUCAUGCAAACAGACAUUCAAAGGCCCUCAAACUGUUCCUGUAACACAAGAUGUUCACAAACUUCGUCACAUACUUGAUAACAUGAAACCGGAGGAUGUUGGACUCAGUAGAGAUCUGCAGUUUUUCAAGCCUGGAAACAUUAUUAAAGAGAAUCAAAGGGUCGCAUACACCACGGUUUACCAGUGUGACAAUUUCUCUGUGUGUAUCUUUUUCCUACCUGAAAGAGGAGUAAUUCCCCUCCAUAACCACCCUGGCAUGACUGUUUUCAGCAAGCUUCUAUUAGGACAAAUGCACAUUAAGUCUUAUGAUUGGGUUGAUCCAAAGGCCUCUCCCAACUCCAAAUUGAGAUUGGCAAAGUUAAAAGCAAACAAAGUGUUCACAUCACCAUGUGAUACCUCGGUAUUGUAUCCAACAACAGGAGGAAACAUUCAUGAGUUCACAGCUAUAACUCCAUGUGCUGUUCUUGAUGUCAUUGGUCCACCUUAUUCAAAACAAGAUGAUAGAGAUUGUUCAUAUUACAAAGAUUUCCCUUGUGAUGAUGAAGAUGAAAAAGAGAAUACUAAGGUGAAAGAUGAAAAUGAUAGUUAUGCAAUGCUGGAAGAAAUUGAGAUGCCAGAAAAUUGUCAAAUGGAUGGAAUUGAAUAUUUAGGACCUCCUAUUGAUGACACUGUUUUUUAGUUUCAACAUGUAUUGAAUAUUGAUUCCA